GUGUUAGUUCCCAGUUUUUGCAUGAACCAGACUGUCUCGUUCUAAACGGUGGAGGAUUUUCUAGCCCGGGGGCUAUGUUUGCACUUGCAGGAGGUAUAUGCAUGUCACUGCGAGCAAGCAGAGGCUAAACCCUGUGCAGACGGGCACUAAGACCGCAACGCCUCCAUCUCCUCUCAGGGUGGAUGCAGAAGCUGAGAGGAGGAGACCGCCAGACACGGGUGGAGAAGGAUAGGAAGAGGAGAAAAGCAAUGCGAAAUCAAGGGUAUAGCUGAGAGAGACAGAAAGAGAGGGGGAGAGAGAAAGGGGCGACUGAAGGGAAGACCCAGGGGAAAAGCUCUUUAGAUACUAUAUUUAUAUUUAGACAUAGGAAGGCAUCCCCCCCCAGAAGAUUGGUCCAAUGAACAUGUCAGUGUUGACUUUGCAAGAAUACGAAUUUGAAAAGCAAUUCAACGAGAAUGAAGCCAUCCAGUGGAUGCAAGAGAAUUGGAAGAAAUCUUUUCUGUUUUCAGCUCUCUAUGCUGCCUUUAUAUUUGGUGGUCGGCACCUAAUGAACAAACGAGCAAAAUUUGAACUGAGGAAACCACUAGUGCUCUGGUCCCUGAGCCUUGCAGUCUUCAGUAUAUUUGGUGCUGUUCGAACUGGUGCUUAUAUGCUGUACAUUCUGAUGACCAAAGGCCUGAAGCAGUCAGUGUGUGACCAGAGUUUUUACAAUGGACCUGUCAGCAAAUUCUGGGCGUACGCAUUUGUGCUAAGCAAAGCACCCGAACUAGGAGAUACAAUAUUCAUUAUUCUUAGGAAACAGAAGCUCAUCUUCCUGCACUGGUACCACCACAUUACGGUGCUGCUUUAUUCUUGGUACUCUUACAAGGACAUGGUGGCUGGUGGUGGCUGGUUUAUGACCAUGAACUAUGGGGUCCACGCCGUUAUGUACUCUUACUAUGCCUUGCGGGCUGCUGGCUUCAGAGUCUCACGCAAGUUUGCCAUGUUCAUCACCUUAUCACAGAUCACUCAGAUGUUGAUUGGUUGUGUAGUUAAUUAUCUGGUCUUCUCCUGGAUGCAACAGGGGCAGUGCCACUCCCAUGUUCAGAACAUCAUCUGGUCUUCUCUCAUGUACCUCAGCUACUUCGUGUUAUUCUGCCAUUUCUUCUUUGAGGCCUACAUCGGCAAAACCAGAAAAGCAAGGAAGGCUGACUAGUGGUAUAAACAAGACAGAAGCCAUAGCUCAGGGUCAUCAAGAAAAACAAAAUAAAAACAAACAAAAGAAAAUGGCACAAGGAAACAUGAAUGGUGCAGCUAAAACUCGGCAGCUUAGGGACAGCUAGGUUGGUUUAAACCAGUAAGUUUAUGAUCCUAUCAUGGUGAGGACUCAUUGAAUUCUACUCCAUCUCAAAGGACUGCUGAGGAAAGACAUCUUCCUUCUUGUACCUGUCAGCUCUGAAAAAGGAAAGAAAAUAACAUUUUUGGGGGAAAAAAUAAGCGUUGUUCUUCCCCAAAGAUGGAAGAAAGAUUUUUAUUAAAAACAAAUUAUUUCUAUAUCCUUUCUAAUCUUUUUUCUGCAUUAAAUUUGAACAAAACAAAGCAGAGAGCAAACUGUUUGUAUCUAUGAUACCAGUACAGUUACAAAAUUAAAAACUUUAUCCUAAAGGGUUGACAUGUUUAGCCCCAAAGUGAAAAAUGAAUGGCUAUCUUGAAUGUUUGUUAUGGAAAGUCAUUGAACUCCAUUGUAGUAGUGAAUUUAGUGGAUAAAAGAUUGAUUUCCCCACUCUGUACUAUGCUGUGUAUGCACAUCUGGUAUGCAACAUCAAUGCUUUGAGCAGGCAGAGAGGAGCAGUAAUUUUACAAGAUUUUAAUCUCAUGAGAUGUGCUGUUGCAAUACAUAUCAUAUCUCAGAGAGUGCUUUUUCCAAGUGCAUUUUCCAAUCAAAGUCAAGGAAUUUCUGCAGUUGAAUAAGACAGAGGGUUAAAUCAAUCUCUGUUAAAUUACCUCGGCUAGCAACAGAGCAGUGGGUAGGGAGGGCGAGGAAGAGAACCCCAAAAUAUUUUUAACAAUUAUCUGUGAGUCUCAGAUUAAUCAGCAGUAUAAUAUAAAUUGAAGAAAAUGAAAAUGGGGAGGAAUCAAAAAAAAAUCUAGAUAGCUAGAGAUAGGCACUCUCUCUAUCUACAAAAUAGAGCCCUGUGGUACAGCACAUAUUUUAUAUUUUUGUGAACUUCAGAAAAAGAUAUCUGCAACCUUAAUAGCAUUCGGCAGGACUGUAUGUGACAUUGGGUUACACUGUGUUUCUGCAUUUGCUUCAUAAGCGGUGCAAAGAUGUUUAAAGUGCCCUCCUCUGGUCAUGUGGAGAUACUACAACAAAACAUACUUGGAAUAGUUUUUCUUGAGACUUGUAUAGAAAAAUUAGUCUAAAUGAAAUAAUUUUGCUGCAACAGCUCAAGUCUAAUGUCCGGAGAGAAUUAUCAUUAAUUAAGAACAAUCUGAACUGUAGCAUCCUCUGACCACUUAAGAAGACAUCCUGUUCUCAAGUCAGCUACAGAUAGAAGAAAAGGUAUUUCACUCUGAACCUCAGAGAGAGUUAGUUGAUAAGAGCCAUAUUCUUUCAAAGAAAAGUAGAUUGCAUUAUCUGUAAUAUUUCAGUCCUUACAAAGCCAAAUAAAAUGUGUACAAGUUCUUAGUAUUUAAAAAAAGCAAGUAUGUAAACUUGAUGUUAAAUGUGUUAAUGUAGUAUUCUAAGUUGUAUCAGUUUGAUAGUUUAACUAAACAAUUAGAAGAACUAGAUGAACAGAAUAGGGGUUGCUGUUCUGCAUAGAAUAUACACAGCUACACCCAUAUACACGUUAUGUGACUUGUCAACAAGAAAAAAGUCCCGUGGAAGAGAAUCACAUUUUCUGGCUAAUGCAAAAGUUGUCAUUAUCUAUCUUGCUUUAAUUUGAGAUUGUACAGUACAAAGUAGUAUUAUUAUUAUUAUUUUGGCUUUAAUUGUGCUGACAUUCAUAAAAACAGAGCUGCAUAAUAUCCUAUUAGAGAUGACAAGGGCCUUCAGUGUCUCAUUAUGUGAAGAAGAAAAAAAAUAAAGUUACAUUCCGUAUUAUGUGAAUGCUUUUAAAAGAAUCAGAAAGUCCUUGGGGGCCUACCCAUAACUAUAACAAGCAGAAAAACAAGUUUACAUGUGUGUUACUUGCGUUAUUGAUGUUCUGGCCUUAUUUUACCGUACACAACCAACAGCAAAAUAUGAUAUUCAGUAUUGAAGAUGACGUGAACUUAAAUUAUAGAACUACUGUAUAGGAGCUAUUAGACAAAACCAAUUAAAUGUGUAAAUGAUGGUAUUUCACAGAUUUGGAAGUAGAUAAUUAUAAUGCACAAUAAGCUCUUUUCUCCUGCUUAAUUUUUGCCUGGGCUGAAAGGUAGCAGUAACUGAAGAGAAGCAAAAUAAUUAAGGAUGAAAAAGGCAAAAUUAAACUUUAAUUCAGUCAGAACAGAAGCAUCAGUAACAAGCCAACGAUUGUGCCAUUCAAAUGUUCAGUUCUGUGUUUCUGUGGUCUCUAAUCAUUUCUAUGCAGGCUGAAAUAAAAAGAAGGUGAAAGUGACCCACAUGUCUUUUGAAAUUAGGGGUGAAAUCCUGACUCCACUGAAAUCAAUGGGAGUUUUGCCAUUGACUUGAAUGAUGCUAACAUUUUCACCCGAUAAUGCCACUUCUUUUAUCUGAGUAAUGGGAAAAAAUUGCAUUCAUUUUAAUUUAUUUUAUGUUUAUUUAAAGGCUCAGUAAACAUUACAAAUAAGAAGCUAGAUCACAGGUAGGUAAAGUAUUGUGGGAUAAUCUCAGUGGUUUAACAGAGGGGAAAUAAUACAGUAGACUUUUUUAAAACGAUUAUUUCUGUGCAGUAUUUUAAAAAAAUAUACAGUAUUUUACACAUUUUGUUUAAUUUGUCAAGGUGAAAAACAAAUGAUACUGUAUUUAAACAUAUAGGGCAAGAUUCAAAUCCUGGGAGCUUUGCCAUUGAAUUAAACAAAACCAGAAUUUCACUCAGGGGGUAGUACCUUACUCCACUAUGAGUAGAUCUACAUAGCAAAUGAAGUUGCGAGUAUAGCAUGGGUAGGCAUACCAAUGCUAGCUAGAUUAAAGCUAACCUAGGAACAGUAGUGAAGAUUGAACUGUCAUUUGCUUUAUCUGAUGCCAUACCAUGGACUCAUUUACUUAUGUCCUAUUUAUAUUGCAGUAUUAUACAGUAGAAUUUUGACUGAUGAAGUUUCACUGGAUUCAGUUGUGAUAGUCUCAAUUCCUUUAAAUUAGAUUAAGUCCAAAUACAAAAAUCUUUGUUUUUAUUUUUUUAUUUUCAAAAAAGCACACAUCCCCUUCAGGAUCCCAUCAUUUAACCCAAUAACAUCUAUAUUAAACCUCCGGAGCCAGCUUCAGUCUGGUGUAAUUCCACUGAAGUUUAUGCAGUAUUGCCAAUUCAAACUGUUCAAAAUUCAUGAGUCAGGCCCUAAAAAUCAUGAUUUAAAAAUAAUAAGUGAUGGGUUUAUUUUUCUUUGCCUUCAUCAUUUGGAGCAUUGGGGGGGUCACAGUUUCAACCUCUACUCUACAAACAUGAGGGCUAGAUGAAAGAUGAGCUUUCAUCUUUUUUCAAUGAAAGCUAAGACUCUCUUAUAGUCACAUGACUCCAGGAGCUCAAACUGUAAGAAAAACACUAAGUAUUGUAAACCUAGGAUAAAAUAAUGACAGUUGGCAGCAGUUCAUGGGAUUCAUUUGGCCUUCUGAAGUCAAGGAAGUUACAACCAAUUAUGAAUUCAGCCCACUGGAGCCAAAUUCCAUUCUAAUUUACACAAGUAUAAAUCCAGUACAAUUUCACUGGAGUCAAUGGAGUUACUCUAGAUUUACACUCAUGCAACUAAGAGCAGAAUUUCGUUCUAAGCAGAGAUAUUGUAUUGUGACUAUUUAAAGAAAAUAUUUUCAACUGGUUAAUAAAAAUGUCAAAAAGUAGGGUAAGUCUGAAAACUCUUUAAGUUGUGCCUGUGGGAAAAUAACCCAUGCUUACAAACAUUUGUACAUCAGAGUCACAAAUGAUUUGUGUCCUAUCUCCUAGAUAGCGCAUAAGAGUAACUGGAUGCAAAGGAGAACUACUCCUAGGAGCCCACAAGGAGAAUGUCACAGUAAACUAGCAACCGCAUUUACCUUACGAAAUAAAGACACAGCCAUGCAAAUGGAAUACAGUCAACAAGCAACCUGAGUAGCUGGAAUCAUGGAUUAAAAUGUAUGUUACGGUAGAUAUGACAAGGCAAUCCUGUCCUGUUUUCCAAGAGAUGAUAGUUACUGACAAAAACCAUUUACAAAUCAGGGUGCAGGUUGGUGUUAAAAUUUGGACAUUAGAUGUGAGAGGUGAAAAUGUGGACUAGCAAUCUUUCGAAAAAUGAGUCUAAUGUAAAUGGGUUAUACCUAUCCUAUAUAGCUUAUAAUACUGUGGCUGGUGGAAAACACUUCGGUGAAAUGGUCUGUCCCUACACAUUUUGUUGAGUAGUUAAUUCCACAGUGGUUCCUUGGUCCCACUCAAGUGUUUGACAACUUCAGAAUUGUUCUAUGAUUUGUUUUUAGCUUGUGACCCUGAUGACUUGAUUUCAGUAUGUUUGUUCUCUCUCAUAAAAUUAAGUCUUGGGAGAAUAUGUUAGUUGACAAACACUUAAGUGAGCUAAAGUCCUCCUGUAUUCAGCUAAUCAGUUUUACAUAAAAGACUGUAAAACACAAAUGAUUGUGACUAUGAAAACAGCAGCCUUUCUGGGCAGGUGCCAGAUACAGUAUGUUAGUGCAAUGGGAUGUAUCAAAACAACUUAAUUGUUUGCUUUCUGUCCUGUAUUUCAGAACCACUUAUAACAGUAUAAUAUAUUUAUAUACAAAUAAAUAUAAGUAUACUUUAUGUAUAGUAAUAAACUGGCUUUGAUAGAAGAAGCGAUUUGAAUGGAUGAUGAUGAACUCCAACACUGGUGUGAUGUCUCUCUCGUUCAGGGCCUGAUUUGAAUCCCAUUGAAGUAGAUGGAAAGACCUCCAUUGACUUCAGUGGGCUUUGGUUCAGGCCUUCAGAGUUCAGUCCUACAAGGUGAUAAAAGACCUAAAUCCUGCUAAGUUCAAUGGGUGUUGAAGUUGAUCAGCACCAGGCCAUGAAGACACAAAAGUCAUUAAUCCUUAGUCACAUUACCCUCCCUAAAUGAACUGCAAAAAUUAUAAGGAGAAAUCUUCAAUAUUUUUCUAUUAUUUUAUUUCUAUACAUCUUACGUUCAUUCAAUUAAAGACAAAAGGCCCAGAUCCUGCAACUGGAUCUAUGCCCAUGCAGAGCUCCACCAAAGUCACUGUGGCUGUACAUGGGCAGAGAGAUCUUUACCCACCUGGAAUUAGUUGCAGGAUCAGCACCAAAGGGAGCCAAAAUCACCUAGCAGGUUUCAAGAUAACCAGCUAUGCCAACCCAAGUUAGAUCAGCUUUGCAAAGUGAGUUCUGCAGCUUGGGAGGUAAUGGGCCUUUCCUAAAAUUUCAAUAUCUCAGUGGAAUGCUGCAUUUUGCCAAGUCGAUGUGUUUGAAUCUCUUUGCUAUUGGACAUACAACAGUAUUCCCCUUACAUAAUUCCUAAGAAGUCCCACUUCUUCCUAAUCUUGGGCAAAUUCAAAUAGGCCCAUCUGCCAAAAAACAAACCCACCCAUGCCACAGCUCUGAUUGACUUUUCUGCUUUCUCAAAAGCCACUACACUUUUGGCUUCUUGGAGUAUUAAACCUCAAGAUAGAUUGCUAUACAGAUCAGAUUAAAUGUGUACAAUAACUAGGAGAGAAUAAUAAGAGAAAUAGCUUUAUUUUGCCAUUUUCAAAUGGAUAUUUCCCUACAUAAAAGGAAUUUUAUUUUUAUUUUUUGGGAGGGAUAUUGCUAUUCAAAAUAAAAUUUUAACUUUUGGUUCAAA